UCCCAAUGACCUGAGUGCAAAGGUAGCACCACCCUCUGCAGAAAAUCCCCCUCCACUGGCAGAGACACCUUUUUCUGGAGACAGGUUGUGGGGCUGAAGGGAGACAGACAGCAGGUAGAAAGCACCAUGGCAAAUGCUUCAGAUCAGGUGGAGUUUGUGCGAACAGGCUAUGGCAAGAAAACAGUGAAGGUGCUGUUCAUCCGGAGGCAGGGAAGACACCAUUACAUCAUUGAGGUGAAGGCUGAUGUGGAGCUCACGCUGAAAACACGCAAAGAUUAUCUAACUGGAGACAACUCAGAAAUCAUCCCCACUGACACCAUUAAAAACACCGUUCAUGGUCUGGCCAAGCUCAAAGGGAUAAAGACCAUCGAACAGUUUUCCCUGGAUAUCUGCAAUCAUUUCCUAACCUCUUUUAACCAUGUGCUGAAGGCCAAAGUUUACAUGGAGGAGGCUCCGUGGAGACGGCUGGAGAAGAAUGGGGUAGAGCAUGCUCAUGCAUUUAUAUUCAGCCCAGAGGCUUACCGCUUCUGUGAUGUUGAACAGAUUAGCAGUGGGAUCCCUGUGGUUCACAGUGGGGUGAAGAAUAUGAAGGUGCUGAAAACCACCCAAUCUGGUUUUGAAGGCUUCUUCAGAGACCGCUUCACUACCCUGAAAGACACCAGGGACAGGUUUUUCUGCACCUCUGUCUAUGCUAGGUGGCGCUACAACAAGAUCCAAGAUGUUAACUUUGAUGCCGCAUGGAAGACCGUAAAGGAGACAAUUAUUGAGAGGUUUGCUGGCCCCUAUGAUCGCGGGGAGUACUCCCCCUCUGUGCAGAAGACCCUCUAUGAAACGCAGGUUCAAGUCUUGGAUCGAAUUCCUGAGGUGGAUGAAAUAGAGAUCAUUAUGCCCAAUGAGCACUACUUCACCAUAGACAUGACAAGAAUGGGUCUUGUCAACAAUGAUGAGGUACUUCUUCCCCUGGAUAAUCCCUCAGGGAACAUAACAGGGACAGUCCGCAGGAAGCAGCGAGCACGGCUGUAACGGUCCCCACAGAAAGAAAGCGCUGCUGUGAUCUAAACAACAAUCCGAGUGGGCCAUUUAACGGAAAAGUCACUCUUGAUAUUUGAAAUGUUAAUAAUUUCAACCUAAGUAUUCCAACAACAGCAAGUUAGCAUUUGUCAAAUAUGAUUAAAGCUGCUGCUGACGAUACAAUGUGAACCCAAAUAAAAUGAAAAAAAUAU